GUCCGGUUACAAAAGCAGCUUUGGGAAUUCCCCAGGAAAACACCUACGCAGCCGCACGGCCUUUUCUGGGCAAACUGGGCACAACAGCAAGCCGCUCACAAGGUGAGCAAUUUGUAGUUUUAUAAUGCUCAGGACAUGGAGGGAAUCUGAGGCUUGUGCGACAGCGCUCGCCGCUGUUGUUCGGAAAUUUGUCCAGGAAAAGCUCCUCUAGUUUCCCUAAAACAUCAUCAACGCUGUCAUACUGAAACCGUUGGCGGAUAUCGGUGAAAACAGUGCAGUUGUGUGUUAGGAAAGGUAAGUUAGCUUCUCUCGUUACAACGGCUGACUCUUUUAAGUACGGAAGAUUCAGAUAUAGAUAGAUGGAGGGGACGCAAGAUAUUUACGAUGAAGCACGGAGACAGAAUGCACGGCCUGGACCGAGCUACAUGAUGGCGAAACAGGGAGCGGUGGAUACUGUCCCGGAGGACUGGUGUGACAGCGGGCUGGAUUCCUUCAGUGGGGUCGGACUCGAAUUUGAGGCUCCGUACGUGUCUUACACCGAGGCCGAACAGAUAUGGACACCUGGACGGUCUGUGUCUGACAUACCUCCUCCAGAUGGGUCAGAAAACAGGAGCACCAUGGAAUGUAUGUCGAUUGGCGGCGGGGAGAGACUCGAUUCUGCAAUCGGGGACUCGAUUAAUGAGGACGCGGUGAUGGGAUGUUUGUCUGAUGGCAUUGGUACUAUGAUUCUCAGCGAGCCCGCGAGCACAGAGCCACUGACCGCUUCAAAGCCUGAGGUUAGGCGACAGCGGAGGGAAGAGCUCAUGAACAUGUUGACUUUUCUUUCGGAGGAUGGGGACACGGUUCUUCAUUUGGCGCUGAUUCAUGAACAGUGGUCUGUUGUUAACUGCCUGCUUGAAGAAAUUUCAUUGAACACUAACUGGACUCCGUACUUGGACAUCCAAAAUGACCUGGGUCAGACGGCUUUACAUUUAGCAGUCAUCGUAGACCAGAGUGAGUGUGUUCGGGCCCUUUUGUGCUGUGGGGCUAAUGCAGAGCUUCAAGAGAGAGGGGGUAACACUCCUUUGCAUUUAGCUGUAAGAGAGCAUCGCAUAGAGUGUGUGAGAGAGCUGACCAGCUGUUCACGGACCACCCCAGAGCACCUGAGCAUCACCAAUUAUGCAGGUAUGAGUGCACUGCACAUGGCCGUACAGAGGGGCAAUUGUGACAUCAUCAAAAUGCUGCUGGAGGCAGGAGCAGAUGCCAAUCAGAGGGAUCUUGGCUCAGGUCGGUCUCCAUUGCAUUUGGCAGUGGAAGGUCAAAGGCCAGAAGUAGUGGAGCUGUUAUUAAGUGCUGGUGCAAGGGUGAAUCAGCGCUCAUAUGCAGGCCAUACCCCGCUCUAUUGUGCCCUCUACAGAACAAACAAAGAGGUGCAGGCCCUACUUAGUGCCAGUGGGGCCACAUAUACACAGGAGGAUGAGGAAGAGGAGUAUAGAGAGAGUGAUGAGGAGGAGUUUGAUGAUGUCAUCAUCAAUGGACAGCGAGUUAUGUAAAAAGGACAGUACUCUGGUAUACUCUGGACACUUUCAACUCCAUCUGAUAGAUUUUGGUGUCUGAGUGUACGUGUUGUGGAGGUGUAUGUAUGUCUUGAGUGUGUGUGAAAUGUGUUUUCAAUGGUACACUACGAUAUCACUAUGCUGGUGUGUUUUCAGGCUGCUGGAGUCCAAAAUCGAUUCCUUUUUCGUGAAAGAUGACUUGAAAAAUAUUUUAAAAGUAGCAAACAAAAUAUAAAUAUGGAGGCAGCUUUUAAUUUAGUGAAACUUUUUUGGCUUAUCUUGCGUGCAUCAUAUUUAGCAACCUGACUCGCUACAUAUCAAAACACCUGAUAUGACACCUUACGCUAUGUGUACACUAAAUGCCUGACUGAUGCUUAAUGGUGGAUUCAGUAGAUUCAUGUGAUGAUGACACGUCGCAGUGGUUCUCUUUUUUUUGUUACUAAAUUAUUAGUUGGAUUUUUAGCAGGGAAAAGUUUGAAAAGCAACAAAACUAUUUCACUUAUCUCUAUAGCAGCUAUAAGUUGUGCUUUUCUGUGCGGAUUGUCGCUGUCAUGGUGACUUCUCAGUUGUCCAGUGUGUGCAUUUACAGUGGAUGUUAUUUCUUGCUUUUCCUUGGGCUUAGGAUAGAUGAGAAAUGAGAUGGAUAUGUUGGGUAGAGGGUUGAACAGUAGGCCAGGCAUUAAUAAAAGUGUUUCUAUCUGCAACAAAGUGAGAUUUUCAUAAUUUGUAUACAUUUCAGAGCACUUACUGUAACAUCAGUGCAAAUUAGUUAACUUAGCGACAGCAUUGGACUUCACAGUAUAAUCAGUCACCUCAAACUCACAAAAAAGGGGUGUUGGUCAUUUAGAUUUAACUAAAAUCUAACAGUGAUGCUACAUGUUGUCCUGCAUGAGCAAUUCCAAAUGAUUUAGCAAACACAUGACAGUAAUUUAAUUAUUUAUGGCCUAUUUAAUUUUAAAAAGAUGCAAUCAGAGUUCUGACCGACUGUGUUCAAUUACAGAACGACACUUUCUUUGGUGUCAUUAUGGUUGCAGAGAUUUACUCUCAUCCCUUCAUAACCAUGUUUAAGAUUUUCUGUUUUUCUGGGGUGAACAUGGCGAUAAUGAUUGGUGCCCUCUGUUGAUAAUAUGUUAGGAACUUCUUUAACUUCCUCUGUUGGUUUGACCUUGGAUGCAAGAAAAGAGGACAAAGUAUUUCCGUUUAGAGGAAUUAAUGACAGUGUGGCUUGAAACAAGGAUGUCUUAAAGAUAGCUAUAUGCAGUUAAUUUUCUGAUCGGUGUGUUAUGGAACAGUCUUCAGAGUGUUGGAUCUUUUAUUCUGUACAUAUUUUGCUUUAUUCGGUGAUGGAUGACACGGCUGAAAAUCAUUUAGAAACCAUUGACAUGGACAAUAAACAAAUAAGUAUAAAUGA